UAAACCGCAGCUACUGCAGUUGCGCAAGUAAAUGGAAGCUACAAGCAGUACAAACACUGUAAGCAAAAUGCCUGCAGUAACAUCUACGACUACAGAACAACAGAAUAAUGAUCCUGAUCAGCGAAUGUGGAAUGCUCUCAAAUGGUAUAUCACCCGUGAACGACAAAGGAAAAAGCAAGAGUAUGAAGCUGAAGUAGAAGAGGAGAGAUUAAGAAAAGAGCGGGAGGCAAGAGAGAGACAAGAUGUCAUGACAUUGGAGGAAACUAAGGAACAGAUUGAAGGGCUAGAGCAGAAACUGAAACAGCUGGAGAAAGAGAAGCAGCAGUUAUUCAUGCAGUUGAAGAAGGUGCUUAAUGAAGAUGAGAUUAGGAAGAGACAACAGCAGAAGGAGUCCAAUGAAAACCAACCGAUGAAGAUGCCAAUGGGCAACAUACAGAUUCCGAUGUUCCCAAUGUCGACAUCCACGGGGCAAGGCGAACAAAUACAAUCACAGGGCAGGCCCCCGCCUCUCAGUUCUCACAUGCUGAACAAGCAGACUAUAGUCCGCGGGCCCAUCCAAGCCGGAGCGAAGCGAGCCCGCAGUCCCUCCCCCACAUACGCGCUGUACUCCCAGCGCCUUCAUCAACCGCCCAUGAAACACCAGCCGGUCUACUCCGAUCACAAAGUAGAAGACGGCCGCAUGGGCCGGCAAAUGCGCGCCGUACUUUGGAACAAGCCGUCCCAGUACGGGGGCAACUCUGGGUCAGUGACCUCGGGCGCCUACUAUGCCAUGCCGACAUCGGGCGUAGUUGUAGGCGAGCGGCCGCCGCCGCUGCUGUACGCGCACCACGCGCACACGCCGCACACGCCACACACGCCGCACACGCACCACGCGGGGCUCAUGUAUGCCGCGCCGCAGCCACAGCUGUACCUGGAUAUGCUGAACAAUAGAGAGCAGCAUCCGGAGCCUAAGAAAGAGGCGCAGGGCCAGCAAGUUGUGAUUGGUCUGAGCGAGGCGGUGCACCCGUCCGUGAGUACCGCCGUGGUGUACGCGCCCGCCGGCCGGCAUCUCGUACAUCAGCCCAACCACAUGCAAGUGCAGACAUCGAAGCCCGGCAGCAUAACACAAGGCUACCCGGUGCAGUCGAGCGCCAGCGUGCAGAACGCCACCAUGUACCCGAGCCGCCACCGCUACUAGCUAGUGCUGCUGCACCGGCAGCCCGCCCAGCCGCCCUAGCAGACUCACUACG